CUCCGCCUCGCCUCCUCCUUGCAAACCAAGGCACUGCUCAGCUCUGCCGCUAAGCAACGUACGGUCUUCUCUCUCACACGCAUCGCCCGCCCACCGAGCGUCGGUUGUCCGCUGCAACCAACGAUGACGCGCGCCGGCGGCCGGAGCCCCCUGGCCCCUCGCCGCACGCUCCCGGCCACCGUGGUGGACGACACCGUCGCGGCCGCCGCCAUCCUGCUCGACAAGUGGCACCCGGACGAGGACUCCUUCGGCAGCUCCCUCUUCCUCGACUCCACCCCCGACGAGGUCGACGCCUUCCUGCGCGCCGCCAAGGACCUCCACCGCGCCAUGCUCUUCUACGCCUCUGGCGCCGCCACCGCCGCCGACGCCCUCCACGCCGGGGGCCAUGGCCUCAUCCACGCGCAGGAGCUCCUCGACACCGCCAUGCGGAGGCUCCAGCGCGAGCUCCAGCUGCUCCUCACCUCCCUCCCCGCCGUCCUCCACUUCCGCCAAGAUGAUGAUGAUGACGACGAGCAAGAGGAUGACCAAAGCCUGGUAGACGCCUGUGCUCACCUUCGCGUGGUCGCGGAGGCCAUGAUGGCCGCCGGGUACGGCAAGGAGUGCGUGUCCAUCUUCAAGGCUCGCCGACGCGCGGCGGUCACCGCCAACCUGCAGCGCCUGCACGGCUUCUCGCUGUCCCCGCAGCACGCGCAGGUCCAUAAGUUCUCCUGGGAGCAGGUCGACGCCAAGAUACAGUCCUGGCUCGCCGGCGCGCGCGUCGCCUUCACGUCCGUCUUCUCCGCCGAGCGGGAGCUCUGCGACCGCGUCUUCGUCGGCGACAACGAGGGCGUCGGCGACGCGGUGUUCGGUGCCAUCGCGGACGAUCAUGCCACCAACAUCCUAGCGGUCGCCGAGGCUGCCGUCGGGCGGUCACGGCGCGCGCCGGAGCGGCUGUUCCGCGUGCUCGACGUCCACGACGCGCUCACCGAGACCAUACUCCCGGCCAUCGUCUCCGCGUUCGGGGAAAAGUCGGAGGUCACUUCCCGCGCCGCCACCCUCGUGACGACCAAGGUCAGCGAGGCGGUCCGGAGCAUGGUGGCCAGCUUCGAGGCAGCCAUCGAGAAAGAGCCGUCCAAGGGCACGGUGCCCGGCGGCGCAGUGCACCCGCUCACCCGCUACGUCAUGAACUACCUCAGCUUCCUCGCCGACUACGAGAACGCGCUGGCUCACAUAUACUUCUACCAGCAAGGAGUCGGGGCAGGAGGAGACCAGUUCACGGACACGUCAUCCCUCGCCUCUGGCAGCAUGGCCUCCUCUUCGGAUCUCUCGUCGUCGUCGUCGUCCUCGCCGGCGUUGAGCGUGUGGUCGAACCCCAUCGGUUGGCUCGUGCAUGUGCUGCUACGGAAGCUGGACGCGAAGGCCGGGAGCUACCGGGAACCGGCGCUGAGCUACCUGUUCCUGGCGAACAACACGCACUACGUGGCCAAGAAGGUGGGCGGCGGCACGAAGCUGGAGCGGGUCCUCGGGGAGGAGUGGGCGGAGGCGCAGAGGGCCAAGGCGCGCGGGUACGUUGACGUGUACGUGCGCGCGGCGUGGGGGAGCAAGGUGCUUCGCGGCGGCGCGGUGGAGGAGGCGGUGGUGCAGAUGGUGGCGAUGCAAGAGAAAUGGGUGGCGGCAGACGACGAGAUGGGGGAGGCGCUGAGAGCGGCGGCGAAGGAGGCCGUGGUGCCGAUGUACAGGCUCUUCUACCGACGGCAGGGAGCUGUGGCCAGACUGACGCCGGGGGACGUGAUCACCAUGAUAGACGGGCUGUUCGGCGGGCGGAAUGCGGGAGCAGGUGACGAGAACGUCGCCGCAGGUGGUCGCCGGCGGCCGUCACAGCAGCAGCAGCAGCAGCAAGAGGUUCCGGUCGAAAUCAGAAAUGGGAAAACAAGGAGACAGCGCGUCACUAUCACUGAUUAAGUUAGAACUCCGCCAGGUAGCCAGCUUCAGGAUAUGAAUAUCUCUGGUGCUGUGCGUGUUGUAGAAAAGAUUGAAUAUGAUACUAACCAAUCCUCAGUCAUACUAGCAUUCUUUUGUGAUGUUUGAGCUUUUGUUGUUGUGAGAUCCACUUGUAACCUGUACAGAGCAACGAAGAAGACGUGCAUGGAUUUGAAAUGCAUCGAAGUCUGUAUAUAAGUGUGUGUAUAUUCGAUUUCGCUCAAUAUAACUUUGUCCUUUUUUCUUGACAGCA